CCAACAUCGAUGGGCCCCGCAAGCAACGGACUUAAUGGCACGCUUGACCAUACUAUGUCAGGUCCACUCUCACCGCAAAUACCUCCAGCAUUCGACCUCGACCGAUUGCGGGCGGACUAUUUCAGUUAUCAGUUCCCGUCGGCGAUCUGUCAAAACUGCGGCCUCAGUGGGUGUACUUGCAAAAAUUGUCCGCCACCAUUCCAGAGCUAUGGCACGGGAAGCUGGGCCCAAUGCUGUGGGCGAAAACAUGCUCGUGAUGUUCAGCCGAGCCCAGCGCCCAUCAAAAUUGCAAGAACGAAUACUUAUGAUGUCAGCAUACAUUCUCAAGUGCCUGAGCAGCAGCAGUCGGUGAGUACAUCGCACGCGCAAGAAGCUUUUGCAGCGGGCGACAUCUUUCGAACAGAGAAUCAUGGGUUUGGGGACGCAUUCGAAGGCAUCGAAAUACCGUCGGCCACAACGCAGCCAAAUUUUGAUACAUUUGACCUGGAUGACGAUCUGAUACUGCCCGAGGGAACACAGCAUUUAGACAUCAGCGAGUUCUUGACCUCUGACCUGGUCGGACCGAACCAGAACACCGGAACAGGCAAUAAUAGCGAAAGCAGUGGUAGAGAUGGUCGUGAAAAUGGAGCUGGUGAAGGUGAUGGAGCUGGUGGAGGUGUGAAGGGUGUUGCGGCAGGUGACCUUUGAAAACCGAUGAAAGCAGGAGGUCACCGCAAAGCCAUAUUCGCAGGCAGAUGUGCAAAGCCGGGCAGUCGUUCGACGCAACAAGUGGAUAGAAUGGAGGACGACAGUCAGCACGGCGUAUCGAUGUUCAAGCCACUGCCGGGAUUGAGGACUGCACCGCAGACCGACGGGACUGCUUUCACAAUAUUGUGUUGCAGGAAUGAUGAAUUAGAGGAUGCAAGAUCACGUAUCGAAGGCAAGUCUUUCGGCAUAGCGCAUCCGUAGUGACCAUAGACGAAUGAUUCGUCCGCCAGAGAAGCCAGUGUCUCUGCGGCACCAUCUUCG